AUGAGCACACACCAUCUCAUCCACCUCUCAUCACAGCACACACCAUCUCAUCCACCUCUCAUCACAGCACACACCAUCUCAUCCACCUCUCAUCACAGCACACACCAUCUCAUCCACCUCUCAUCACAGCACACACCAUCUCAUCCACCUCUCAUCACAGCACACACCAUCUCAUCCACCUCUCAUCACAGCACACACCAUCUCAUCCACCUCUCAUCACAGCACACACCAUCUCAUCCACCUCUCAUCACAGCACACACCAUCUCAUCCACCUCUCAUCACAGCACACACCAUCUCAUCCACCUCUCAUCACAGCACACACCAUCUCAUCCACCUCUCAUCACAGCACACACCAUCUCAUCCACCUCUCAUCACAGCACACUCCAUCUCAUCCACCUCUCAUCACAGCACACACCAUCUCAUCCACCUCUCAUCACAGCACACACCAUCUCAUCCACCUCUCAUCACAGCACACACCAUCUCAUCCACCUCUCAUCACAGCACACACCAUCUCAUCCACCUCUCAUCACAGCACACACCAUCUCAUCCACCUCUCAUCACAGCACACACCAUCUCAUCCACCUCUCAUCACAGCACACACCAUCUCAUCCACCUCUCAUCACAGCACACACCAUCUCAUCCACCUCUCAUCACAGCACACACCAUCUCAUCCACCUCUCAUCACAGCACACACCAUCUCAUCCACCUCUCAUCACAGCACACACCAUCUCAUCCACCUCUCAUCACAGCACACACCAUCUCAUCCACCUCUCAUCACAGCACACUCCAUCUCAUCCACCUCUCAUCACAGCACACACCAUCUCAUCCACCUCUCAUCACAGCACACACCAUCUCAUCCACCUCUCAUCACAGCACACACCAUCUCAUCCACCUCUCAUCACAGCACACACCAUCUCAUCCACCUCUCAUCACAGCACACACCAUCUCAUCCACCUCUCAUCACAGCACACUCCAUCUCAUCCACCUCUCAUCACAGCACACACCAUCUCAUCCACCUCUCAUCACAGCACACACCAUCUCAUCCACCUCUCAUCACAGCACACCCAUCUCAUCCACCUCUCAUCACAGCACACUCCAUCUCAUCCACCUCUCAUCACAGCACACACCAUCUCAUCCACCUCUCAUCACAUGCACACUCCAUCUCAUCCACCUCUCAUCACAGCACACACCAUCUCAUCCACCUCUCAUCACAGCACACUCCAUCUCAUCCACCUCUCAUCACAGCACACACCAUCUCAUCCACCUCUCAUCACAGCACACACCAUCUCAUCCACCUCUCAUCACAUGCAUACUCCAUCUCAUCCACCUCAACCCACCUCACUAUUUUAA